GGGGGCUUCCGGGUCUGGGCUUCCGGAGUUGCUGGAGGAAGGAGGCCGGCGGAGGGGGCGAAGGACGCGCGGCGGGGUCGCCUGGGGAGGCCGCCCGCCAUGUGAGGCUGUUUCUCCGGGGCAGUGUUCACUGAUGAAAUGGAGCCGGGGGCGACCUCUUUCCGCGUCGAAUUCCCCGAUUUCUGCAACACCGUCCUGCAGAAGCUCAACCAGCAGCGCCAGCAAGGCCAGCUCUGCGAUGUGUCUAUCGUGGUCCAGGGUCACCUCUUCCGAGCCCACAAAGCCGUCCUGGCCGCCAGCUCCCCUUACUUUUGCGAUCAGGUGCUCCUGAAGAACAGCCGACGGAUUGUCCUUCCCGACGUCAUGCACCCCAGAGUCUUCGAGAAUAUCCUCCUGUCGACCUACACCGGCCGACUCGUCAUGCCUGCUCCGGAAAUCGUUAGCUACUUGACGGCGGCCAGUUUCCUCCAGAUGUGGCACGUGGUGGACAAAUGCACGGAGGUCUUGGAAGGGAACCCUUCGGUCCUUUGUCAAAAGCUGAACCGGGCCAGCGACCACCAGUCUCCGAGCAGUAGUAACUACAACGGCCUGGCAGAAAGCUUUGAGCUGGGGGCAGCGGGCCAGUCGGAUUUCCACAAAGCGCAGGAACUGAGGGAUGGGGAGAACGAAGAGGAGAGCUCCAAGGAUGAGCUGUUGUCUCAAUUGACCGAACAUGAGUAUCUCCCUAGCAAUUCCUCUACGGAACACGACCGGUUGAGCACUGGAAUGACCAGCCAGGAUGGAGAAGAAGGCGUCAGUGACAGUACCGAUUAUCAAUAUGCCCGGCCUGUUUAUAGCAAGCCCAGCAUUAUGUCUCACAAACGGUGGAUCCAUGUAAAAACGGAGCGGUUUGUUCAAGACUGCGAAGGAGUGGAAAUGCACGGAUCUUACGACGAACACCAAGUCUCCGAAUCAGUGAAUGCCGUUCAGCCACAUCAUCCUGUACAGACCACCAUCGUGGAAGAUCUCCGGGUCAACGAUAGGAAGGUGGACAUGGAAUUUGGAAACCCGGCCAACGAAGGCACCUACGACGAGCAAGUUGACUUCUACGGCUCCUCCAUGGAAGAGUUCUCCGGGGAAAGGAGCGAUAGGACUCUGAGCCUCCAGAGACCGGAGGCUUCGGGUUACGGAGAAAGCUUAGACCUUCCCUCAGGGAUCAAGGAAGAAAACGCCCUCGCUGGCUUUUCUACCACCGACAAACUUUACCCCUGCCAAUGUGGCAAGAGCUUUACCCACAAAAGCCAGAGGGACCGUCACAUGGGUAUGCAUCUCGGACUCCGGCCGUACGGCUGCGGCGUGUGCGGUAAGAAAUUCAAAAUGAAGCACCACCUGGUGGGCCACAUGAAAAUCCAUACCGGCAUUAAGCCGUACGAGUGCAACAUUUGCGGGAAAAGGUUCAUGUGGAGAGACAGUUUCCACCGGCACGUCACCUCCUGCACCAAAUCUUACCAAGCCUGCAAAAUGGAACAGAACGCUGCUAAGAUGAACUAGAAGCCGGGGGGGGGGGGGAGAAGGGGGGGGAGAGAAAGGAAGGGAAUUGAAUGGCUUAAUCGGACGGGCGAUGGUGUCGCCCGGCCUCGAUCUGAACACGGCUUAUUUGAACAAGCGGAACGGUUGUUUGUCCCACGGCCUCGUGCCUGAGGCCUUUGCUGCUUUUUGAGGUGGUGGGUUCCCGAUAAACUCUGGGGCCGGGACCCUCUCUUAAGGUGUCCCUGUCCCGAGACUGCAAACGGACCGGCAAGUUGGCACCACGGUACUUUUUAACCUACUUAUAAUUUACCGCUAUUUCAUUCGUGCUUGGGGAACGUUCGGGUUCUCUCCGAAAGGAACGCUUCUUGCUUUGAAUUCAUCUCAAGACAAUUUUGCUUGGUGUUUUAAGGUUCGGCGGGAACGUGUGAGAGGUGGGGCUCCCGGCGGGGUGGCGGUUCCCUUCGGUGGUGCUCCCCGGUUAGCGGCCUUUGAAUUGAAGCUAGUAAAAUAGCGGUGAGAGCGCUUGCUUGCUGAGAACCAAAGGGUGAGUGAGCGAGUGGGUUAAUUUUUCUCCAAGACCACAUUGCUAAAUAAUUUUCAAGUGCGAGACUAUCAUUCUUAACAUCAUCAAAUUAUUAUUAUUGCCGUCAAAUUUAUUUGCUGCCCAUCUCGAGGUUCGAGGCGGCUCUGAGCAAGAGGGAAAAGUUCUGUCCAGCUUCUGAGUUGCGUUGACUGACGGCCCUUGUUUGUCUUGGCAAACAGCACCUGUUAGAGGGUUUUUUUUUUUUUAAUGCGAUAUAUGGCGUUGGACACUUUAACACCUCACUUUCUUAUCCUUCCCUUGUGCCUAAUGCAAUUGUCAAUCAAACCAGCCUCUUCUUUUGAUUGGGCAUUUACGUCUGUUCCCCAAUGGGGAGGAAAGUGCCCCUCCUUUAGCGCAGACGUCAUUUUUUUGAGUCUGUAUUUUAACAGUCUGCUCCAAAACCAGAAAGCAAAUCCCCUUUGGGUGUUGCACGGUGUUUGUACCAACCUCCGUAUGAACCCAGAUUCGUUAGAAGCCAGGCUGUAGAGAACCUGUUUUAAACUACAGUUCCUUCCAGUGGGCUGAAAAAUAAAUAGCGCCCUUAAAGCUGUGCCCAUAUUCGGGGAAUUUCCUUCUGAGUUUUUAAAUCUGAUGCUGCUUCUCCUCCACAGUGGAUGCAUUUUUUUUUUAAGCUGCCGAUUAAUUUCAUAAUGCAGAUUAAUUUCGUAAUCCAGAUCGUUCAUAAGGAAUUGAGGUUCUUUCUCAUCCACAACCGUUGUUCAAGAGGGAGGCAGGUUGGUUAAGACACUUGCGUUCCAUCUCGCCUUGGCAGAAUUACCACCCUGCGUUCUUCAUCCAGGUUUCUAGCUGCACACCUUGGAGAAAAGGUGAACCUGCGCUCCUUGUUUAGGUUGGGGUGUUUCCCAGCCGCUUAAGAUGGGUGGCCGUCAACUCCCAGAAUCCCCGUGUUGGCUGGAGAAUGCUGGGAGUUGAAGUCCGCUCAACUUAGAAUGCAGAAUAACAAAGAGUUAAAAGGGUUCCAAGGUUCAGAAAUAACAGCCUAGGUAGAUUCACCAGGGGGGGGGAAAAAGCAAGCAUUAUUUUAGGUGCUUCUUCGAUUGCUGAAAUUAUCUUUUCAGCUGAUGUCUUAAGAUACGAGCAUUUGACUUGGUACAAGGGUAGCACACUGUAACCCAAGCUGCUCUCUUAAUUAAAUACGCCCCCCCUCCCGUUAAAACCUAUCAGAUGUUGAGGUCCCUUUGUGUCUUCUCUCUCUCACCAUGGAUAAUCUUUCAGGGUCUCUGCUAAGGCACUUCUUCAGCUGACCACAGGCACUUACGAACGGUCAACAUCAAGUGUCCCCCACGAAUUGAGCCAUGCCUUUCGUUAGAAAUGGCUGCCACUCACUUGAACCCUAGCAAAAAAAAACGUUAACUCAGCAGGGAUCUUUUUUUUUUUUGUAACUUGCAAACACUGUAACUUGCUAAUGUACAGAAGCACUUUGUAUUUAAAGCAAAAAAAAAAAGUAUAAUAUUUUUAGAACGUGUAUAUAUACAUAUAUACGAGCAUAGAUAUAUAGAUAUAUAUAGAUAUAUUCCCUCCGGUUUGAUUUCUAAUUCAUGUCGUUCGGUCUGGUUUUUCUUAUUUCUCGUUUGAAACUUUUAUAAGGAUGAGAAAUUUUUUGUUUACAUAAGGGUGGGGUAUUGGGUGGGUGGGGUUUGUGGAGGAAAGUAAGAUCCUAAGGAUCUGGUUUUUUGUUUUUGUUUUUUAGUUUUGUUUCCAAAACCAAACCGAAGCAAAAUAAAUAAAUAAAUAAAUAACGUCACUGCCUUAGAAUGUCCUGGGAGGUUGUUGUCCCAAAGGUGUUUUUUCAAAAAAAGCAACUGGACUUCCUUGUUUUGUUUUGUUUUCCCCCUUAUAAAUGUUUCGCUUCUGAUCCUAGAACGGGGAUGGCGAACUUUUUUGGCACCGAGUGCCAAAACCAGAAUGCGUGCAUUUGUGUGCGCGUGCCGGAGCGCCGGAAACCCGAAGAUCAGCUGGUCUUUGGUUUUCCGGUGCUCUGGCGCACACAUGCACACAGGCUCGCCAUCAAUGACAUCGGCUAUAUUGCAGUAUACCUGGUCUUUGGGUUUCCAGUACGCGCAUGCGUGCCAGCCAGCUGGUCUUUGGGUUUCUGGUGCGUACACCGGAAACUUGGAGAGCAGCUAGUGACGGCGGGUGUGCCCACAGAGAGGGCGUUCCACCUCUGGCACGCGUGCGAGAGGUUCGCCAUCCCGGUCCUAGAAGCUUCUUGGAUGAGAAGCGAAACAUUUUCAAGGGGGGAAAACAAAAAAAACCCCCAAGAAAGUCCAGUUGCCUUUUGAAAAAAGCCCUUGGGAUAUGCUUCUGCACUUUUUAACAUGUCGCUAACAUGCUGAGUAGCUUCAAGCUAGGAACAGAGACACAAUGCUUCCGUUGUUUUUCAGCGUGGGAUUAAAAACUAAAUAAAACAUUUUUUCAUCUGCCGGCUCCAGGCAGAAUUUAUGUGCAAUUAAUAGCCCUCUCCUUUCUCCUUUAGGAGAGAUCCAAACUGGCAGUUGCAAUUAAGGAAAACUAGAUAAAAUGCCCGAAGUAUAGAAAUAGGUCAUUUCCACUUAGGCUCGGACUCUGGGUGCGAGGUAAGGGAAUAAGCAGUACGACUGCCCCUUCUUGUGCUGUAAAGGUAAAUUCCAUUUGUUCAUCUUCCGUGAGUGGCUCUUGUCUUGCGGCCAAUCCAGAGAAGGACGUUCGUCACGUUCAACGUCCCGGACAGGGGCCAGUGCGGCCUUGCGUGAUAAUAGUACAUUUAGUUUUGGACCCAUCUUGCUAACACAACUAACAUUUUCUCUAAGAAACACUUCCCUUUUGACGAGGAAGGAAACACCCCGCUAAAUUUUACCUGCAGUUGCUUUUUUGCAAUCGUCAUUUUCUUUCAGAUAUCUGCUGCUAAGCUCUUCCCCUCUGUUCUGGUGCAAUUCGGAUAGUAAUCCAUACUUUGCUUUCCUGCUCAUCUGCAAAGGCAAAACUGCUGGGUUUGGGAAAUCUAUUCUUAUUUCUAAUCCUUAAAGGAUUUUAGAGGUAUUAACCACAAACCCCCUCCCCUCCUCUUCCCUUCCCCACACCAACACAGCAUCUUUCAGACUGUAAAUAUGAUAUUGUAAAAUUCACCAUUGGCCUCUUUGUGUUUUUGUUUAAAAAAAGGGCAUCUAUGUUAAAUGUGGGUUUUUUGUUUUUUUGGGGGGCAGAUGAUAUUUCUAAACCCGAGAGUCUAUUUUUUUAAAAAAGAAAGUUACUUGUUUUAUUUAGGAUAGUGGAAUAUUAAAAAAAAAAGCAUUCAGAAAAGAUUUGUGUUUUGUUUUGUUUUUUAAUUCAGCUACGGAUGAGUAGAAUUGAAGAGUUUAGCUGCUAAGCCCCAAGGGGAAAAGGAGAGUUGGAGGAUUUAAAUGUAUAUUAAUAUUUUUUGAUGUGUUACGUUGACAUGGUUCUCCUUUAAUUCAAGCCUGCAUCCUAAGUUGGUUAUUGCUGCUUUUCCGCUCCUCUAUAUCUCCCCUUCUGGUUUUCCUCCAUACUUCUAGAAUAAAUGCGAUUGGAGGUUUUUUUAUUUUAUUUUAUUUUUGCAAACAAGUAAACCUCCUCCAUUUCACUACAAACAUUUGCCCGUCAAGCAUUGUCACUUAUAAUACUUAGAACUGAUCUGUGAACUGCCGUGUACUAUAUCACAAAAGUGGGAGGUAUAAUUCUGCUGUCCUUUUAUCAUGUGACAUUCCUCUUUCUUUGUUUUCUUCUUAUAGAAGAGUCUGUUGCUCUUUUGUAUAACAUGUUUUAAUAAAUGUUAUCGGUAUUUUGCUACGCGUGUUUUGUUUGCCCGCCCAAGGAAUGUGCG